ACGCGGCCGCGACAGAAAAUGGCGGCGGCGGCGGGGAGUCGCGCGUCGUCGUCGGGACUCGCGGGCGCAGAGACGAGCGGAGGGUCCCUGCAGUCGGGCGGGGGCCGCGAGCGGGCGGACUGGCGGCGGCGGCAGCUGCGCAAAGUGCGGAGCGUGGAGCUGGACCCGCCGCCCGCGCCGCCGUCCGCGUCCCGGUCCCCGUCCCCGUCGCCCGAGCCCGCGGGCGGCAGCGCCGCGCAGCCGGUGCUGGAACCGCCGCCCCCCGGAGCCGCGAGCCGCGCCGGCGCCCACGCCCCCGAGCCGGGGGACCGCGGCGACCCGAGCCGUGCAGGGACGGAGCCCGCGGAGCCGCCUCCUGCAGCCGCCGGCCUCGAGAUGGAGAGCAGGGAGACGCUGCGGGGCCUGCCCCGGAUGGACGACCGGCCCGAGGAGCGGCUGAUCCGCGAGAAGCUCAAGGCUACCUGCAUGCCCGCCUGGCGGCACGAGUGGCUGGAGAGGAGGGGCCGCCGGGGCCCAGUGGUGGUGAAGCCCGUCCCUGUCAAGGGAGACGGCCCCGAGGUCGGCGCCUGCGCGGCCGAGUCACAAGGAGAGGGUCCGACCAGCCCCGCAUCCCCGGCUCCCAAAGGCCGCCGCAGCCCGUCCCCCGGCGGCUCGCCCUCAGGGCGCGCGGCGAAGCCGGAGUCCCCAGGCGUGCGGAGGAAGAGGGCCUCCCCGGUGCCGUUCCAGAGUGGGAGGACCACGCCCCCGCGGAGAGCCCCUUCCCCGGACGGCUUCUCCCCGUACAGCCCCGAGGAGACCAGCCGCCGGGUCAACAAGGUGAUGCGGGCCCGGCUCUACCUGCUGCAGCAGAUCGGGCCCAACUCCUUCCUGGUGGGCGGGGACAGCCCCGACAACAAGUACCGGGUGUUCAUCGGGCCGCAGAACUGCAGCUGCGGGCGCGGGGCCUUCUGCAUCCACCUGCUCUUCGUGAUGCUCCGGGUGUUCCAGCUGGAGCCCUCGGACCCCCUGCUGUGGAGGAAGACCCUGAAGAACUUUGAGGUGGAGAGCCUGUUCCAGAAGUACCACAGCCGGCGCAGCUCGCGCAUCAAAGCCCCGUCCCGCAGCACCAUCCAGAAGUUCGUGUCCCGCAUGUCGCACUCGCACCCGGCGUCCUCCCCGAGCACGUCCGCGUCGAGCUCGGAGAACAGCGGGAGGGACGAGGAGGAGCAGCUGUGCCCGAUCUGCCUGCUGGGCAUGCUGGACGAGGAGAGCCUGACCGUGUGCGAGGACGGCUGCCGGAACAAGCUGCACCACCACUGCAUGUCCAUCUGGGCGGAGGAGUGCAGGAGGAACCGGGAGCCUCUGAUCUGCCCGCUCUGCAGGUCCAAGUGGAGGUCCCACGACUUCUACAGUCACGAGCUGUCCAGCCCUGCAGACGCCCCGUCCUCCCUGCGGGCCGCUCAGCCGCCCAGCGCCCAGCCGCCGCGCCGGACUCCAGAGAGCGGCUUCCACCUGACCCACUUUGGGGCCCAGCAGGUCCCUCCGGCGCACAAGGACCUGGCCGAGCCCUGGGUCCAGGUGUUCGGGACGGAACUCGUCGGCUGCCUGUUCUCCAGGAACUGGAGCAUCCGGGAGAUGGCCCUCCGGCGCCUCUCCCACGACGUCAGCGGGGCGCUGCUGCUGGCCCACGGGGAGAGUGCCGGUCACUCCGGGGGCGGGGGCAGCCCCAGUGCCGGGGCCGCCCCGGGGCCCCCCGCGCCCAGUGCCCCAGCGGACGUGGUGGGGGCCUGCUGCAGCGUCCUGUCCAUGGUGUGUGCGGACCCCGUGUACAAAGUGUACGUUGCGGCUUUAAAAACGCUUCGGGCCAUGCUGGUGUACACGCCAUGCCACAGCCUGGCGGAGCGGCUCCGGCUGCAGCGGCUCCUGCGGCCCGUGGUGGACACCAUCCUGGUCAAGUGCGCAGAUUCCAACAGCCGCACCAGCCAGCUGUCCAUCUCGACGCUGCUGGAGCUCUGCAAGGGCCAAGCAGGGGAGUUGGCGGUUGGCAGAGAAAUACUCAAAGCUGGGUCCAUUGGCGUCGGCGGUGUUGACUUUGUCGUGAGUUGUAUUCUUGGGAACCAAACGGAACUAAACAGCUGGCAAGAGCUCCUGGGCCGCCUCUGCCUGAUCGACAGACUGCUGCUGGAGUUUCCUGCUGAGUUCUACCCCCACAUCGUUAGCUCUGACGCUUCCCAAGCUGAGCCUGUUGAAGUCAGGUACAAGAAGCUGCUGUCGCUCCUGAGCUUCGCGCUGCAGUCCAUCGACAACCCCCACGCCAUGGUGGGCAAGCUCUCCCGGAGGGUCUACCUGAGCUCUGCGCGGAUGGUCGCCGCCGUGCCCCGGGUGUUCUCCAGGCUGCUGGAGAUGCUGAGUGCGUCCAGCUCCGCCCACUUCGCCAGGAUGCGCCGCCGGCUGAUGGCCAUCGCGGAGGAGGUGGACAUUGCCGAGGCCCUGCAGCUGGGCAGCGAGGAUGCUUUGGACAGUCGGCAGGGCGGCCUCCUGCGGGUGUCGGGCCGUGACAGCCCCCCGGGAGCCGUGGAGCACAGCCCCGCCGAGCGCACGGACCCCACGGGGAGAACUGGGAGGGGCCUGCGGGCUUCGAGGCUGAGCGCCAGCUCCGAGGACGUUUCCGACAGGCUGGCCGGCCUUUCCGUGGGGCUUUCGGGCUCGGCCACGACAGAGCAGCCAAAGCCCGCCAUGCAGACCAAGGGCAGACCCCUCAGCCAGUGUCUAAGCUCGUCCCCCCUCUCCCUCCACUCCCCCUUCGCCCCCCCAGCCCUGUCAGCCCCGUCCUCCUCCGCCCCAGCUGUGCCCGACGGCUCCAGGCCCAGACCUCAGGGGUUCGCUCCCUGCAAAGCUCCUUCUGCAUCCCCCCAGACGCAGCGCAAGUUUUCCCUGCAGCUCCAGAGAAACUGCUCUGAAGACAGAGACUCAGACAAGCUCUCCCCAGUCUUCACUCAGUGCGGGCCCCCACCCUCCAGCUCCAUCCACAGGCCAAAGCCAUCUCGGCCGCCCCCCGGCAGUUCUGGGAAACAGGGCGAUGCCGCCCAGCACAGCCUGGCCCUCGAUCUGGACGGCCCGUGCGGGGGUGACGGCAGCUUCGGCAGUGGCAGUCACGCCGUCAUCCCCAGCGACCAGACAGUGUUCACCCCUGUGGAGGACAAGGGCAGGCUGGAUGUCAACGCGGAGCUCAACUCCAGCAUCGAGGACCUCCUGGAGGCGUCCAUGCCCUCGAGUGACACCACAGUCACUUUCAAGUCGGAGGUGGCCGUCCUCUCCCCUGAAAAGGACGAGAGCGACAACACCUACAAAGACGACAUGACCCACAACCAGAAGUGCAAGGAGAAGCUGGAGGCUGAGGAGGAGGAGGCCUUGGCCAUGGCCAUGGCCAUGUCGGCGUCGCAGGACGCGCUCCCCACCGUGCCGCAGCUGCAGGUGGGGGGCGGGGAGGACGUCAUCAUCAUCCAGCAGGACACGCCAGAGACCCUGCCGGGGCACACCACGGCGAAGCUGCCCUACCGGGAAGACGUGGAGUGGUUGAAGGGCCAGCAGAUAGGCCUGGGGGCCUUUUCGUCUUGCUACCAGGCCCAGGACGUGGGGACCGGCACCCUGAUGGCUGUGAAACAGGUGACGUACGUCAGAAACACAUCGUCAGAGCAGGAGGAGGUGGUGGAGGCGCUGAGGGAAGAGAUACGGAUGAUGAGCCACCUGAGCCACCCCAACGUCAUCAGGAUGCUGGGGGCGACGUGCGAGAAGAGCAACUACAACCUCUUCAUCGAGUGGAUGGCAGGGGGGUCUGUGGCUCAUUUGCUCAGUAAAUACGGAGCCUUCAAGGAGUCAGUAGUGAUUAACUACACUGAACAGUUACUCCGUGGCCUCUCGUAUCUCCACGAAAACCAGAUCAUUCACAGAGAUGUUAAAGGUGCCAACUUGCUGAUCGACAGCACGGGUCAGAGGCUGAGGAUCGCCGAUUUCGGGGCUGCGGCCAGGCUGGCGUCGAAGGGGACUGGCGCGGGGGAGUUCCAGGGGCAGCUGCUGGGGACCAUUGCCUUCAUGGCACCAGAGGUGCUGCGAGGCCAGCAGUACGGGCGGAGCUGCGACGUGUGGAGCGUGGGCUGCGCCAUCAUCGAGAUGGCCUGCGCCAAGCCCCCGUGGAACGCGGAGAAGCACUCCAACCACCUGGCGCUGAUCUUCAAGAUCGCGAGCGCGACCACGGCGCCCUCCAUCCCGCCCCACCUGUCUCCCGGGCUGCGGGACGUGGCUCUGCGCUGUCUAGAGCUCCAGCCUCAGGACAGACCUCCGUCGAGGGAGCUGCUGAAGCACCCGGUCUUCCGCACGGCCUGGUAGCCGGCCGAGAGCUGCGAUGGAGUCGGGACGCUCGACGAGACAACCUCCGUGGGCAGCCACGCGGGCAGCCACGUGGGCAGCCUGCUGGCCUCGCGGCCGCUGAACUGCUGCGAGCGGCCUGGCGGGGUGCCCGUACCUAAGCACGUGAUCGACAAAUCAUGGUCUGCGCCUGCGCUCCGCCCGCAGCGCCCACACCCUGCGCCUGCGCAGGACCGCGAACUGUGCCUUUCCGGGAGAACCGGCCCCGGGCGGACGGGAGCGCGCGGCCGUGCGCGUGCCUGGUGGACGCCGUCGUCCCGCCACGUGUCGGAGCGCUUUCCCGCAGCGCUGGCCGAGGGGGGUCUCGGGGUCCGUCCUCCGGUUUCCGUUUCUCUCCCGUGCCCCGCGGUGCCGCCGCGGGGUUCUGACGCCCGCUCCGUUCCCGUUCCCGUCCCCGGCGAAACCAAUCGGUGUCUGCCUCUCUUAGGUCAGCAUAUGCUGUGAGUAGCCGUGAAAAGCCACAUUUUUUAAAGUUGUAACUUCUUCAUGAGCCACAGUUGACCUUUAUUUUUUUUUAAAGCCUGGGUAGUUGUGGUUCUUGUGCAUUUUACUGUUGGCCCAGUUAUUUCACUUUUGGAAGUUAUGGUUCUGUAUUUUCACUUCACCUUCAUUUUUGUUUAAUAUUCAGGGAAAGGUGAUCUUUUCAAGCCAGAAAAAAAUAGAACUAGGUGUGAACUAGCAUUUACUGAAUAUCUUGCUGUGGCAAGAGUUUUUUAAUACGGAAUUUCAUUUGCUUUUAAAAUUGGGAUUUCCACUACCUUCAUUUGAGUCCGUCACUGCUCUCCUCAUGCAGGUUACAUGUAAGUGAAAAGCGACUGUUCUCUCGAUGCAGCUCACAGCCGAGAUCAAGGUCACCGUGAAGCCUGGGGGUGUCUGGGGUGCGCUGGUCUGGCUUGUAGGCCGCGCCCCAGCAGUUAGUCUCCCCGGGUCCCAGCCCGUGGGCGCCGGGGGGCACGGGGCGGGGGGUCGUGGGGCUGCUGCUCUCCUUCUGGCCGGGAGGCCGCCGAUAGGUCACGACAGAAAACGAACCUCACUGCUCAGCCACCAGCGGGUAGUGAUGUUUUCAAACGAAGGGUUUGCUUUGAACUCGGAAAACGUGUGCAUAAAGAAAAGUGAAAUUGAAUCUCAUUUACAUGCCGAUUCACUGGAUUUUAGACGGACACCUGACGGUUCCCGUGCUGCUGAGUUCGGACACGUGGAAUCCGGAAGGAAAAUGGCAGCUCUUGUGUCCUUUCCUGUUGGGGUUUUUUUGUGUGUGUGACUCUUUAAAUCAAGUACUGAUUAAGUAUUUAAUACACCUUUUUGAGAUGUUAAGUUUUAACUCUUCAGAAGCCAGUUGCGUCGUGGCAGGAUGAAACAGAAUUGGUUGUUCUCAAAGACUCAGGAUAAACUAAAUAAGCUACAUAGAGUGCAUGUACAAUGCACGACACAAAUUGGAAGUAAAACAAGUUACCAGAUGAGUUUACAGGGAUGCGUUGCAUAUGAUUUUUAAAAGGCAGUUUUUAAAUGUGAAUGUGUUUCUUAGUGAAAUUUUACAUUCCUUGGUUUUGGAAGAUUGGCAAUAUUUGAAGAGUUAAAAAUUGUGCUGAAAUGUGAAGUUUGGUAGGUCUAAACGUGUUGUACUUGACUUUAUAAUUUUCUCUCCUCUUUUGGGCUGCUUAGAAUUUUCACGGCUCUAAUUACGAUCGUUUCCAAGUCUCUCCUGUGCAGGCUUCCCGGAUACAUUCUUGCCAUUGUACGUCCUGGAGGGUCUCCGGGCAGGUGGGCCCUGGGGAGGGGGAGGGGGAGGCGCAGAGCUCGCCGACGGAGCAAGCUCGGCCGUCAGUGUUCGCUGCAGGGCUCCGUGCCCUCCGCCAUCCAGACCGGGCACUGGGGGUCGGUGUCCGGGGCUGCGGUCGGUUUGCGGUUCCCUCAGCUGGCUGGUAAUGGUGGCGUUUGUUUGUUCGUUCGUUCGUUCGUUUUAUUUUCAAUGCAAGUGUGAUGUAAUAUUCUUAUUUUCUUUGGAUCAAAGCUGGACUGAAAAUUAUAUUGUGUAAUUAUUUUUGCGUUCUUAAUGUUAUUUGGUACUCGAGUUGUAAAUCACGUCUACUGCUGUGUGUCCCAGUCUCUGCUACCUCAGGUGUACCUAUAGAGUUCUCUUCUACCAAAGCUCACUCUCUCACUGAACCCUAUUUGCCGUGUGACUAUGAUUCCUAAGACUUCCAGGGCUUAAGGGCUGACUUCUACUAGCACCUUACUAUGUAAGCAAAUGUUACAAAAAAAAAAAUCUCUGGGUUAAGAAAAUUUGGCUUAAGUGUAUCCUUUGUUAUUUUAAAUAUAUCAAGAUAUUUUAAUUAAAAUUUUUACCCCAUUGAACGAAUUUUAUAGUAUUUGUACCUAUUUUGGUGUUUUGUCUUUAUAGUAAAUAAAAGUUUUUGAACAAAG